UCAUGAUGGACCAAUUGCAGUUCAUCGUAUCGAGUGGCCCACACGAACCUUCCCCGUUCCUGUAACUGAUCCCCGAUUCAUCUCUGAAUCCCUGUUCUCAGAGACGACGAAGGAAUCAUUCGGAACACGGUUCCAAGCUUCACCCCCAACAAGACAGCCACUCGAAGCCGCCUUGCCGUUCCGAAUCUGAAGUAUCUCGAUAGAGAGCUCUCCACUUCAAUCCGGAGAUCCAAAUUCACGAUCUGAUGCGGGAGAAAUCUUAUGGCUUCCUCAUGUUCCGGUUUCACUUCUUUUAGAUAUAACAUCCAAGCUCCUGAUGGCUGAUGCUCCAGAGUCUGACAACUUAAAGAAAUUUUACAUCCCUGAUUAUAUAUUUGUGCCUGAAUUUGAAGAUAAGAAUGUCCAGGACACACCAGAAUGCCCAGUGCUGGUGUUCAUCAACUCCAAAAGUGGUGGUCAGCUGGGUGGGGAUCUUCUUAUCACAUACCGGUCUCUUCUAAACAAAAAUCAGGUUUUUGAUUUGCUGGAAGAGGCUCCAGACGCUGUGUUACGCAGAGUGUAUCUUAAUCUACAAAAACUCAAGCUUGGUGGUGAUGAAUUGGCUCCUAAGAUUGAGGAGAGACUGAAAAUCAUUGUUGCAGGGGGGGAUGGUACAGCUGGCUGGCUUCUUAGUGUUGUUGCCGAUCUCAAACUAUCUCAGCCACCACCAAUUGCUACAGCACCCCUUGGGACUGGAAACAACCUGCCAUUUGCUUUUGGUUGGGGAAAGAAGAAUCCUGGGACAGAUCGUGAAUCCGUAAUUACAUUCUUGAACCAAGUAAGGGAAGCCAAAGAAAUGAAAAUAGACAGCUGGCACAUUCUCAUGAGGAUGAGAGCUCCAACACAAGGUUCCUGUGAUCCGAUUGCUCCACUUGAAUUGCCACAUUCUUUGCAUGCUGUACACCGUGUUUCAUCAGAAGAUACAUUCAAUAUGGAAGGCUAUGACACCUAUCGUGGGGGUUUCUGGAACUACUUUAGCAUGGGUAUGGAUGCUCAAGUAUCAUAUGCUUUUCAUUCUGAGCGAAAGUUGCAUCCAGAAAAAUUCAAAAACCAGUUGGCUAAUCAGAGAACUUAUGCUAAGCUUGGAUGCACACAAGGAUGGUUUUUGCCCUCUCUUUCCCAUCCUUCUUCAAGGAAUAUAGCUCAACUUGCAAAGGUUAAGAUCAUGAAAAGACAUGGUGAAUGGGAAGAUCUCCACAUUUCUCACAGUAUUAGGUCAAUUGUAUGCCUUAACUUGCCUAGCUUCUCCGGUGGGCUAAAUCCGUGGGGAACACCAAAUGCAAAGAAAAAACGCGGUAGAGAUCUGACUCCCCCAUAUGUAGAUGAUGGCUUUCUAGAGCUUGUUGGUUUUAGAGAUGCUUGGCACGGGCUUGUGUUGUUUGCUCCAAAAGGACAUGGGACUCGUCUUGCACAGGCGCACCGAAUACGUUUUGAAUUUCACAAGGGUGCAACGGAGCACACAUUCAUGAGGAUCGACGGGGAGCCCUGGAAGCAACCCCUUCCAGUUGACGAUGAGACGGUUGUGGUUGAAUUAUCGCAUCUAGGGCAGGUGAAGAUUCUGGCAACACAUGACUGCAGAUCCAAAAGUGUACAUGAUCCAUCAAGUCCUAACAAUCAUGAUUCCGAAGAAGAGGAUAGUAGUGAAGAAAACUCUGCUGCCGAAGAGUCGAGGAAGUUUGGUGCAGCUGAUACAUUCCGUAUUCCUGAAGAUGUUGACCUCUCUCGCCUGAGUUAAGCCAAGCCAGUCUGUUUAACUCAGAACGUUCAUAUUGUUUAUUUAGGUGGAAAUUAUAUUGAUUGUGGGACGAAAGUAGUGAUCCAACUAAUAUAAGACACUGUUAUGAUA